AGGCAUGGAGAAGAAGGGAGAGCAGGAGGCAGUGGCAGUAGGGGAACAAAAAGAAGAGGAUGUGGUGCUCCCCGGAUUCCGGUUCCAUCCCACCGACGAAGAGCUCGUCGGGUUUUACCUCCGACGCAAGGUGGAGAAGAAGCCGCUCAGCGUCGAAAUCAUUAAGGAGGUCGAUAUAUACAAGUACGACCCAUGGGAUUUACCAAUUGCAGAAGCCAUCACCGCCGGAGAGAAUGAGUGGUACUUCUUUUGCCUCCGGGGGAGGAAGUACAGGAACAGCAUCAGGCCGAAUAGGGUGACCGGGUCUGGUUUUUGGAAGGCGACCGGCAUCGACAGGCCGAUACACCCCGCAGCUGGCCACGCCGCCGCCUGCAUCGGCCUUAAGAAGUCGCUGGUUUACUACCGAGGAAGCGCCGGAAAAGGAACCAAGACCGACUGGAUGAUGCAUGAGUUCCGCCUUCCCGCCGGUGGUAGCGGCAAGAUCACCACCACUCCUAGCAUGCAUGAAGCUGAGAUUUGGACCAUCUGCAGAAUCUUCAAGAGGAGUCCUAUCUCUUACCGAAAGCAAACGAACAGUUGGAGAGAAGCAUCAACGUCAUCGUCAACCCGCAAGCAAAUCGCAGCUGACUCCAGCUGCGUAACCAGCAGCUUCGAGUGCGACAACGGCAACGACUACCGGUGCUGCGCCUCCUCGGGCCACUCCAACGGCGAGCAGGGAGAGAUGGAGCUGGCCACUCACUACUAUCAGGAGAACAACCAGGUGUCCGGCGGCCAGUGGAACCCGAUUCACCAACCUCCCUUGCUGUACACCAACGCGGGUCAAAGUCCAACCAUGGACGAGUGCUUCAGAUCGGAUGGUGACUGGGACGAGCUCGGAAGGAUUGUGGAGUUCAUGAGAGAUCAAACCCUCCUCCCCUAUGACUGUGGAUACACUUGAAGAAGAACACGGAAGACGAGUUUUAAUUGCAGUAAGCUUGUCAGUGGUAUGCAUGCACUAGUACUGCUUAAUGCUAAUUAGCACUUCCUUCGACGUCUGUCGGGUGAGGUACAAUUAAGAGGUCACCUGUUUGAAGUAUGUUGUAAACGUCCAAUACGCAUUUAUCUAUCUAAUACUUGAAUGAAAGAGAUAAAUGAAGAGAAGUUACCGAUUA